AUGGCGGGGCUGGGGCCGGGGGCUUCCCCGGGCGGCGCCUCCUGCGAGCUGUGCGCGGCGCAAAAGCAGCCCGGCGCGGCGGCGGCGUGGAGUUGCCUCACCUGCCUGAGUUCCUUCUGCGGGACCCACGCGCUGCCGCACCGGAGCGGCGGGGAUGGCGUCGGUGCGGCUUUCCGCGGGCACCGGGUGCUGCCGGCCGGGGAGGCGGCGCGGGAGCUGCGCGCUCUGCGGGAUCGGGCGCAGCGGUGCGGCCACCACGUUGGGCGCCCCUUGGAGCUCUUCUGCGAGGACUGCGCGCUCUGCGUCUGCGCGCUCUGCCCCGCGCUGGGCCCGCACCGCGGCCACCGGGUCGAGCUCGUGCCCCAGGCGGCCAGGGGGAAGCAGGCGAUCAUGACAUCAUACUUGAAGCAGUUAACAGCGAAGAAGGAUCAGGAGGUUGAAAACACAAAGCACAUUGCAGAAGCUGCUAAUGAACUUAAGGUGCACAUGUCAGCAAGUAAAACCUGGUUGACGGGGAAGUUUGCAGAACUCCGCCUGCUGUUUGAUGAGGAAGAAGCACUGACCAAAAGAUACAUAGAGGAGAAGGGUCAGCAGACCCUGAAGGAGUAUGAAGAGCAGAUGGAGGCAAGCAAGAAGCAAAUAAGGAUCACAGAGAGUUUUUCAGACAGGAUCAGACAAAUUCAGCUGCGACCGGACCCUCUCUAUUUACUGAAGGACUAUGCCACCAUUCAGAAGGAAAUAGCGAAGCAGAGGGUCCCUGCAGAGCAGUGGUUUGCAGCACCCCUCUCAUUUGAGCAACUUGCUAACCACUUCAGACAUUUCCUGGAGAUCAUUCAGUCCACCUUGCAGAAGCCACUUGAAACACGGCUCAAGGAAGAUGUUUUCUGCAGCCUUGACGCCACCUUGAAGAAGAAGCCAGGUGUCUUGAUGAAAGUGACCUCUGGCAUUGAUCGGUCGCUCUUUCUAAAACAUGCAAGAACCCCCACAUUGGCGUUCGAUAGUUUGCACCCCAGACUGACGUUGUCUGAGGAUCUUCUUUCAGUAAGCUACUCCUGGAGGUGGAAGUUUUAUGCCUCAAGUCCACAGAGGUUUGACAACCUGUGGCAAGUUCUGAGCAGAGAUUCUUUCUAUGCUGGGAGCCAUUACUGGGAAGUGGAUUUGGUCCAAGCUGGCCAAGGAUGGUGGAUUGGGGCCGCUUACUCUUCCCUCAAGAGAAAAGGCAACUCUGAACUUUGCCGGCUGGGAUGGAACCGAGAGUCCUGGUGUAUCAAAAGGUUUGAUUUUGAGUACUGGGCAUUCCACAAUGGGGAGAAAAUCCCAGUCCGCACAGAAGAUGAUCCUGAACGGAUUGGAGUGUUUUUGGAUUAUGAAGCUGGGCUCCUGUCUUUCUACAACGUCACAGUCGGGAUGGCACACCUGCAUACCUUCCGCUCCAAGUUCACUGAACCCGUUUACCCAGCUCUGAGAUUGUGGGAAGGGACUAUCACAAUCCGUACGCUAACCUGAGUGUCGAUGGUGCCUUAUCAUGAAACAAUUUCAUGUUUUUAAUCAGGAUUCUUUGACUACUGCACUGAGCACUUAGGGUGUUGAACAUGAGAAAAU